AUUACUUUUGAAACCCACUGAAGUUUGAUCAAAGGUGAACAAAUGGAUUUAAUGAAGACAUGUGGCUGCGUGCUGCUUUUAUUCAGCGUCUCCGCGUGCGCGUCAAAGCUUCUAGGCGACAUUUAUGAGCCCAGAGGCCAGCAAAUAUGCAAACGUGGCACUGAGAAGCCCUGCUAUAAAAUCGCCUACUUCCAGGACAUUCGACGUAAACUCAACUUUGAAGAGGCUAGUCGAGCCUGCAGAAGUGAUGGUGGAGACCUUCUCAGUAUCGAGUCUAAGACUGAGCAGAAACUGAUAGAGACCUUCAUCCAUGAACUGAAGGCAUCAGACGGAGACUUCUGGAUUGGGCUGCGUAGGGAUCAAGGGCGAGGCUAUGAGGAGAAUGGAAACUGUUCGUCUAAAUACUACUGGAUGGAUGGAAGCCCAGCAACUUUCAGAAACUGGCACUUUGAUGAGCCUUCGUGUGGGUUUGAGGUGUGUGUUGUGAUGUAUCAUCAGCCUUCUGCUCCUCCGGGUCAGGGUGGCGCUUACAUGUUUCAGUGGAAUGACGACAACUGUGAAACUAAAAACAACUUCAUCUGCAAGUACACCAAAGAUAAACCUCCUGCACACAAUCCUGCUGAAAACAAAACACAUGAAGAUACUCAUCCAACACGCAGAUACCCCUCUGUAACAUUGAAAGAUGAUGGCAUAAGAACGGUUGUGUCUGGACUUCCAGAUAACGCUCUCAAUAUUGCAUACAUUGUACUGCCAACCAUACCACUUCUGCUGCUGUUGGUUGUGGCGACGGGAGUUUUCUGCUUUAAGCUGUUCACAAAGAGGAAGAAAGAACAGACCGAGACUCCUCCAAAGGACCCAGGAUACUGGGCCGCUGGAGAAAGAUGCAACAGCCCAAGCCCGGACGUCUAUAACGUCAUCCGAAGGCAGCAUGAAUCGGAUCUGGCCGGCACACGGCCCGACAUCAAGAACACUUCCUUCCUGGGGUCUUCUCCAGACACUCCACCUGGAGAUUAUGACAACCUGACAGGCAGAGACACAGAGAGUGGUUUUGUGACACUGGCCAGCACUGAGAGCGGCUUUGUGACCAAUGAUAUGUACGACACGCUGCAAGGCCGAGGAAGCGGGAGAUACUACAGAGACCAGGGCUGGAUGGAUGAAUUAUAUGGCUUCUGAUAUGGAGGAUAAACAUGUGAGCAUUUCUUUCUG